CUCCAGACUAAAGAUACAUUGGAGAUGCCCUUCUGCCUUCUCUUUCUCUGUUUCUGAUUUUCGUUACCCAUUUCUGCUCAUCUGUUUUUGCUGUGUUUUCUUUUGGCCUUUCCAGAUUACCACGUCUGUUUCACUCUUUGGGAUUUCUGUUGAAAAACAUCAUCAUUCAACGAGGAGCAAAACAAUAUCGAAUCAAAGUUACCCUUUUAUUUAAUGUCUCAUCGGAUAAUCCUCAGGACGCCGACCGGUACCGUCUACCAGCAGCAGCCGCAACCGCUGCUGCAAAGCCAUUUCACGUCUUUCUCCGGCGUUAACGAUGGAAGCCAUAGAAGCGGUCAGACGAAGAUUGCGAACUUCGGGGAAUUUUGUGGGGGGACGACUGCCGAUUGCGCGGCUGUUUGUUGUUGUUGCCCUUGUGGUUUGGCCAACCUUCUGGUUUUAGUGAUUUAUAAAGUCCCGGCAGGGCUGUGCCGCCUGAAAAGGCGGAGGAUGUUGCGGAAGAAAGGGUUGUUUCAACCGAGGAACGGUUGUGGUUGUGAAGAGGGCGAAUCGAGUGAUGGGUCCAUGGUUUGUAUUAAAGAUAUCUUGUUGGAUAUGAAGGUCUCGGAGGAAGACGAUAAAGCUUUGUUUAAGCUUGAAAAAGAGAUGUGGGAAAAAUUUCAUGGUACUGGGUUUUGGCGAAGUCCUUCCCAAAGAGAGAAAGACCCACACACCAUUAAACAUUCUGCAAAUUAAAAUAAAAAGUUAUCGAGGACGAAAUUCAAAAAUACCAGCGUUUGAAGCCAUGAACGAGUUUUCUUUAAUUCUCUUUAAGGGGGGGUCAUUUUAUUCACAGGAGCAGGGCAAUGAAGAAACAUAAUGCAAUGGGAAGCAUAUCCAAAAGACCAAAACAAUGUAAUAUAUAACACUGUUCCAAAUCACUGUACCCAAUACUAUUUAUUUAUUAAUGAGAUUUGUUUUUUUGAAA